UCGUAGCAAGGAGAGUGCACACCAUAGCAGUAAAAGAGCUUUAACACUUGGAAGAAUAAAAGACACGUAACUUGUCCGUUAUAUGGGUCAAACGUUGCGUAAUUGAUUGGGUAAAAGGUUAGACUUCUUCGUGGCAUUGACUUUGUGUAUUAUUUAAUAAGGUUUAAGUUGAUCCAAAAUAAACUAAUGCAUUGUCUUGGAAAACAAGUGCGGUUCAGUAUAUUGUUAAAUAGAUGCUUGAGAAUAGUCUCACAAUUUCUCUAAAGAAUAGCUUACUUGGUCUUAUUGACAUGUUUGCUUCAUGAACUAAUCUGAAGGAGAUCGUUCUUGGAGACGCAAGAACGCACAUGGGGAUGACGUGGUUUGCUUUCUUUCUUUUGUUCACCAUGAUAUUGAGUUAUAGUCAUGGAGAAAUAACUACACAGAGUCCUUUGUCAAUAGGACAAACUCUCAGUUCCUCUAAUGGAGUUUAUGAACUGGGGUUCUUUAGUCUUAACAACUCCCAGAAUCAGUAUGUCGGAAUCUGGUUCAAAGGUAUUACUCCCCGGGUGGUUGUGUGGGUGGCCAAUAGAGAAAAGCCUGUUACAGACUCCAAGGCAAAUCUAAGUAUCAGCAGCAAUGGAACUCUUCUCUUAUUGGAUAGAAACCAUGGCCCUGUCUGGUCUAGUGGAGGAACUUUCGCAUCUAAUAGUUCUCGUGCAGAGCUUUCAGACAUUGGAAAUCUUAUUGUCAUAGACAACGUUUCCGGACGAACACUAUGGCAAAUCUAAGUAUCAGCAGCAAUGGAACUCUUCUCUUAUUGGAUAGAAACCAUGGCCCUGUCUGGUCUAGUGGAGGAACUUUCGCAUCUAAUAGUUCUCGUGCAGAGCUUUCAGACAGUGGAAAUCUUAUUGUCAUAGACAACGUUUCCGGACGAACACUAUGGGAAAGCUUUGAGCAUCUUAGUGAUACUAUGCUCCCUUUCUCACCCUUGACGUGUAAUCUCACGACCGGUGAGAAGCGGGUGUUGACUUCUUGGAAAAGUUACACUGAUCCAUCGCCUGGUGAUUUUGUGACUCAGAUUACACCGCAAGUUCCAUCACAGGUGCUUACCACGAGAGGCUCAAAGCCUUAUUAUCGAAGCGGUCCAUGGGCUAAAAUAAGGUUCACGGGGAUACCACUAAUGAAUGAAACGUUAGCAAGUGAAUUCAGCUAUCCACAGGAUGCAAACGGGUCAGGGUCUUUCUCUUUUGUAGGAAGAGACUCCAAACUUUCACGUCUAGUUCUAACACCAGAGGGCCAUCUUAAAAGGUUUCAACAUAGUGGGACCAAGUGGGAAGUAACCUAUGAGGGUCCAUUAGCCAAUUCAUGCGAUGUUUACGGUUUAUGUGGACCUUUUGGGUUGUGUGUUAGGUCCGUACCUCCAAAGUGUAAAUGCUUCAAAGGGUUUGUUCCAAAAUAUAAAGAGGAGUGGGAAAGAGGAAACCGGACUGAUGGUUGUGUAAGGCGAACCGAACUACUUUGUUAUGGAAACUCUACUGGCAAAUCUCAAAAUGUCUUCCAUCCUGUUGCCAACAUAAAGCCUCCAGACUCUUACAAAUUUGCAGAUUUGGAUGCUGAAGAAUGCUACCAAAGUUGCCUCCGAAACUGUUCUUGCUUGGCCUUUGCUUUUAUUCGGGAAAUUGGGUGCUUAAUGUGGAAUCAUGAGUUAAUGGACACAGUGCAGUUUUCUUCAGGAGGAGAGCUUCUUUCCAUUCGUCUUGCACGUUCUGAGUUGGAUGGAAAUAAGCGCAAGAAGACCAUCACUGCUAGUCUUGUCAGCCUUUUUCUUUUUGUGAUAUUGGGUUCUGCUGUGUUUUGUGUUUGGAGAUACAGAGUGAAACAUAAUGAAAAAAUAUCAAACGAUGCUUCACAAGAUGCAUGGAGCAAUGAUCUGACACCACAAGAUUUCUCAAGUUUAUGUUUCUUUGAAAUGAAUAUUAUUCAAACUGCCACCAAUAAUUUUAGCCUCUCAAAUAAACUUGGGCAUGGUGGAUUUGGUUCAGUUUAUAAGGUAAUAUAUUUAAAUCUGUUUCAGGGGAAGCUUCAAGAUGGCAAAGAAAUUGCUGUAAAACGGCUUUCUAGCAGCUCUAGACAGGGAAAAGAGGAAUUCAUGAAUGAGAUAAUUGGUCUGCUCUGUGUUCAACACCAACCUGUGGACAGACCCAACACACUUGAGUUGAUGUCUAUGCUCACCACAAAAUCAGAUCUUCCAUCACCAGAGAAACCUAUAUUUGUAGUGCAUAAGAGGGAUUAUGAAUCCUUGUCUAAUCCUUUGAUUACCUUCAAUGAGAUGACACAGUCUGUGAUCAUCGGGCGUUAAGAAACAAUGUGUAAUGGAA